AAGGAGGGGACUGGCCAGCAGAUCUUCCAAGGAAACAGUUCUGUCAGGUCCCUCUGAGUGUGCAUGAGCUCAGUCAGAGAGAGGAGAGAGGGAAAGCCAGAGGGAGAGGGGGAGAGGGGAUCUGUUGCAGGCAGGGGAAGGCGUGACCUGAAUGGAGAAUGCCAGCCAAUUCCAGAGACACACAGGGACCUCAGAACAAAGAUAAGACAUCGCUGACACCACACCGGGGAAGGGGACGAGCUCACAGACAAGUCUGGCAGACAGGACCAAGGCCAGGAGCACACAAGGCAAGAAAAUGAGGUUGCUCCUUCUCUGCCAUGCUCUGUGCCUGGCCCUGUUAGAGGUUUCAGCCCAUACUGUGGAGCUAAAUGAAAUGUUUGGCCAGAUCCAGUCCCCUGGCUAUCCAGAUUCCUAUCCAAGUGACUCCGAGGUGACUUGGAAUAUUACUGUCCCAGAGGGGUUUCGAAUCAAGCUUUACUUCAUGCACUUCAACUUGGAAUCCUCCUAUCUUUGUGAAUAUGACUACGUGAAGGUAGAAACAGAAGGUCAGGUGCUGGCGACCUUCUGUGGCAGGGAGACCACUGACACGGAGCAGACUCCCGGCCAGGAAGUGGUUCUUUCUCCUGGCUCCUUCAUGUCUGUCACUUUCCGGUCCGAUUUUUCCAAUGAGGAGCGGUUCACAGGCUUUGAUGCUCACUACAUGGCUGUAGACGUAGAUGAGUGCGAGGAGAGAGAAGAUGAAGAACUCUCCUGCGACCACCACUGCCACAACUACAUCGGCGGCUACUACUGCUCCUGCCGCUUUGGCUACAUCCUCCACACGGACAACAGGACCUGCCGAGUUGAAUGCAGUGGAAAUCUCUUUACCCAGAGGACAGGCACCAUCACAAGCCCUGAUUACCCCAACCCAUACCCCAAGAGCUCCGAAUGCUCCUAUACUAUCGAUCUGGAGGAGGGCUUCAUGAUCAGCCUGCAGUUUGAGGACAUUUUUGACAUUGAGGACCAUCCUGAGGUGCCCUGCCCAUAUGACUACAUUAAGAUUAAAGCUGGUCCAAAGGUAUGGGGGCCCUUCUGUGGAGAGACAUCCCCAGAGCCAAUCAGUACGGAGAGUCACAGUGUCCAGAUCCUAUUCCGCAGCGACAACUCAGGAGAGAACCGAGGCUGGAGGCUCUCCUACAGGGCAGCAGGAAACGAGUGCCCAAAGCUACAGCCUCCUGCAUUUGGGAAAAUCGAGCCCUUGCAAGCCGUGUAUUCCUUCAAAGACCAAGUGCUCAUCAGCUGUGACACGGGCUACAAAGUUCUAAAGGAUAGUGAGAUAAUGGACACGUUCCAGAUCGAAUGUCUGAAGGACGGUACAUGGAGUAACAAGAUUCCCACCUGUAAAAUUGUAGACUGUGGAGUCCCAGAAGGGUUGAAACACGGACUGGUGACCUUCUCCACAAGAAACAACCUCACGACAUACAAAUCUGAGAUAAGAUACUCCUGCCAGCAGCCCUAUUAUAAGAUGCUUCACAAUAUCACAGGUGUAUAUACGUGUUCUGCGCAUGGGACCUGGACAAACGAAGUACUGAAGAGAAGCCUGCCCACCUGCCUUCCAGUGUGUGGGCAGCCCUCCCGCCCCCUGCCCAACCUGGUGAAGAGGAUUAUUGGAGGCCGGAAUGCUGAACUUGGCCUCUUCCCAUGGCAGGCCCUGAUCGUGGUGGAAGACACAUCGAGGGUACCAAAUGACAAGUGGUUUGGGAGUGGGGCCCUGCUCUCUGAAUCCUGGAUACUCACAGCAGCCCACGUGCUGCGCUCCCAGCGUAGAGACAACACAGUCAUACCUGUCUCAAAGGAACAUGUCACCGUCUACUUGGGUCUACAUGACGUACGGGACAAAUCAGGAGCUGUGAACAGCUCUGCUGCCCGGGUGGUGCUCCACCCAGACUUCAACAUCCAGAACUACAACCAUGACAUAGCUCUGGUCCAGCUGCAGGAGCCCGUGCCCUUGGGAGCCCAUGUCAUGCCCAUCUGUCUACCGAGACCUGAGCCUGAAGGUCCAGCCCCUCACCUGUUGGGGCUGGUGGCUGGCUGGGGCAUCUCUAAUCCUAAUGUGACAGUGGAUGAGAUCAUCAGCAGUGGCACGCGGACCUUGUCAGAUGUUCUACAGUACGUCAAACUACCUGUGGUGUCACAUGCUGAAUGCAAAGCCAGCUAUGAGUCUCGUUCAGGCAACUACAGUGUCACAGAGAACAUGUUCUGUGCUGGUUACUAUGAGGGUGGCAAGGAUACAUGCCUCGGGGAUAGUGGUGGGGCCUUCGUCAUCUUUGAUGAGUUGAGCCAGCACUGGGUAGCCCAAGGCCUGGUGUCCUGGGGAGGACCUGAAGAAUGUGGCAGCAAGCAAGUGUAUGGAGUCUACACAAAGGUUUCCAACUAUGUGGACUGGGUAUGGGAGGAGAUGAACUCCCCGGGGGGUGUUGGGGAGUUCCACGUGGAACGGUGAAGGCAUUUACUUCCUCAGGGCCUGCCUCCCCUGCCCCAGAUCAAAUGAGGUUACACUACACACUGCCAACAGCAUACUCCAUGUUACCAGACCAAAUAACCCACAACACACUGACCUGGCUGGGCACUCAUCCUGUUGAGAUAGCCCCCCCAUUUCCCCAAGAAUGGGGUUAAUAUGGUGCAGGGAAAAUCUCUAGGCAAGAGAACUCAGUCCAAAGCUACGACCAAGCCUCUUUUCCUCUCUCUUAGCCUUGCCUCUCCAGCAGUGCAGGGGAAGCUACUCCAGAAGGCUUCUAUCCCAAGUGUCAAUCACUCCUAAUCACGUGUCAGUAUUGAUGUGAGAACGACUGGACCUCAUCAUUAGGACAGGAUUCCUUCACCUAGAGUCUGUAUUCGUGUAUGUGCCCAGCUCUGGUUUCUGGGCCCGCCCUAAGCCUAGUUCAUCAUGUAGGAAAGAACCAUUCAGAUUCGGGGGAGCCAGAGCAGAGCUUGAGCUAGCUUUCCGAGGACAGUACCUUGGGGCACUUCUGUUCUUGGAGUUUCUACUAAAAGCUUCCUGCAGUGCGAGGCUCAUGCUUUGUGCUCUCAGAGUUUCAGAUGACUGAGAGAUUUCUGUGAGGGUUGUGACGACUGAAGGAGGAGACUAGCAACAGCUCUCCCAAGCCCCCUAAACACCUUCCGUCCACUCAGAAUACACUCGACCCAUGUGCCAUUCAAAUACUGGCUGGCACCAUAAAGUGUUAACACCUGCCACUCCACACAAACACAAGGCAACCUUCCAUCCCUAGAUAUUUCAUCUAGAGACUUACUGUCCCCGACACAUGUAUGGAGACCCAGCAACUAUUUAGAGAAAGAGAAGACUGUGCCCCAUUGCUUCUUGGCAGGAAAACAGAAGAAAAUAUGGACUCAAGACAUGAUGAAUCAGUCCAAUUCUGCACUCCACCCUGGAGCCUGAGCUCAGUGGACAAUCUACCAAGUAGUAUUCUCUGAGCCAUCCACUCUUUGGAGGUCCAGGGACCAAGGCCAGGGAAGCGAAGACUCACUUAUUGGAAAGAGAUAGAGAACCUGAGUCCUAGGUUCUGUCUCUAGCUCUACCUUUGGCUACCUGGUGACACUUGACAUCAUUUUCUCCUCGAAGCCUCAGCCUCAUCUGCAAGGUGAAGGCAAAAGAUCCAUUGGGGUCUGUCCAGCACUCUCAGUGGCCACCUCCCUGAUUGCUAGCAGCAUCCCUCACUCUCAAGGUUGAAUUCUCCAUCAGACAAAGGCAGCUGGAAAGGCCUGGAGAGGAAUGUGGAGAGAACUAGGAAAGGCCAAUCAAAUCACACUCCUAUAUCUAUGAAUGGCGCAUGUAAAGGAUACUAUAUUUUGUAUAUUUAAUACCACAGGCUUUGCUACUCUCUAAGGGGCCUCUGCACGCUGUUUCUCUUGUCAGGGGUCUAUGGUGGCAAUAAAUCUGUGGAUAACCAAUAGUCUUGGUUUGAGA